AUGGGAGAGGUGCAAGAGUUAUUUGUGAGACUGUCCAUAUCACAUGCAGCUGAAGGAGAUCAUUGGGUACACAUCAACAUUUCCUUGGUAGAACUCUUACAAGAAGUUCUGAAAUAUACUAAGUACUUCAAGGAUAUUGCUGCAAAUAAGAGGUGUUGGAUAGAGUUUGAAAUGGUAGAACUUAUUGAGGAGUGCAAUUUUAGGGUGAGGAGCAAGAUUCCACCAAAGUUGAAAGAUCCGGGGAGCUUCACUAUCUUUAUCAUUAUUGCUAAUAUCGAGGUUGGGCUAGCAUCAUUUGAUUUAGGUGCUAGUAUUAAUCUGUUGCACACCUCUGUGUUCCGAACAUUGGGGUUGGGUGAGCCAAGGCCAACAACAGUCAUUUUGCAAUUGGCGGACAAAUCUCUAGCAUUUCUCGAUGGUAUAACUGAAGAUGUUCUUGUUAUGGUGGGUCCAUUAAUUCUGCCUGUUAAUUUCAUCAUCCUUGGUUAUGAAGCAGACAAGAAGGUCCCUGUCAUCAUGGGAAGAGGAUUCUUAGCGGCUGUUGAUGCGGUUAUCCGAGUUAGGGAUAGGAAGCUGUCAAUGACGGUUGAUAGAAAGAAGUUACUUUUGUUGUGUUCAAAGUUACUAAGCUUCCGCCCCAUUAUGAGGAACUGA